AUGCCUGCAAUAGCCACACAGCCAGGACCGGUCGGGAUAUACACGUACUUUGCCCCCCAAGCCCCAGCUGCUGCCCCGACGGAGUUGCGCACCAAAUUUAAACAUCCCGGCCAUCCAGAGCCGCAUAAUUGCUUUUUAACUCUCUCACAGACCGACCAAAGAGUAUCGGCGGCUUCGGGCGGAACAUUCUUCUUUGGACUGCAUCAUUACACAGCUCGCGUAGCCUGCGAGAUCCUUACCGGCAAUAUCUCUCGAAACGGCUUUUUCGCGCUCGACCGAAAUGGUGUCUCUGCUGUCGAGACGGGCUGGGAGGAUCUUUUGACAGAGGCUGAAUAUUACUAUAUCAUUCCAGGAUACCCUUCUUAUCCCAUCGUGGCCUCCUUCCAAGACUGGAUAUUCCCUCACGAGGAUUUGGACAGUAUAUGGCCGGAGGAACCCAUUCUCAGAGUCCAUCGUACCCCAUACGUCUGCAACUUCACAGGCACUCCGCUUUGUGAAAGAGCGUUGCUCGUGCCGAUAGCCGAGGAGCCAUGGUAUGGAAUCAAUCGAAUGGAGUCGACGAUUGGCUUCUCGCAUCAGCAGGACCUCAACAGCCCAAUGCGUGAUGACGCCAAUGUCAUUCACUUGAGGCCGGACUUGAUCAUCCCUUUUAGAAGGGCGUCUUUUGCCAUCGUACCCAAAUCAACACCGUACGGUAUGCGGUAUGUCAUGACUGUUCUCCUCAACCACCCUUCGGGAGCUUGGUCCACGUUCAAUGGCAGAGUUGCCCACCGCUUCACAAACGGUUCGAAACAUCAUCUAUUCGCACGAUUUGCUUGGGCUAUUUUUGAACACGCAAACCCAUGGAUCGGCCUUGGCAUUUGGCGUGUCGUCCUUCGACGAUUUCGAGAUCCGGCUACGGAGUCAUGGCUUUACAGAAGAGAGUUUAUCCAAUUGAUAAUACCAGGACACUCGACAUUGACCCACAACCAGCAGGAGACUGGACGUUAA